UUAUUCUCGUGCACUUCGUGACUUUAGUCUGUAGCGGUGCUUCGGUUUGUAUGGUAGGUGUUUUUCUUGCGUAAUCCGUACACGAUAUACCGCGUAACAGGAAGUGCGUUUGUUGAUUCGAUCCGACGUGACGGUGCUACGUCGUCGAAGCAUACGCCGUGUUGUACUGCCGCAGCGAGGACGUUUCAUAUUUCAUCUGGAACGACGACUCGUCCUACAUUAAUAUCGUCCACUUUGCAUACGUAUACAUCGCCGGAAGGCUAACGCAGGAUGGCGGAAGCCCAUUCAGCCGUAGCAUUCAGCUUCUCGAUAACCCACGAAGGAUGGGAUGUAAAUUUCGAUCGGGAGGUCCUCCACUUGGUGUGGCUUUCUGGUGUGCGAUCAUGGAAGAAGAGAUUUUUCCGAUUCCAGAAUAAUCUGAAAAGCGGCGUUUAUCCGGCUUCUUUGGAAAGCUUGUGGAUUACUGUGAUGUUAGUAACAGUGAUACACUUUGCCGGUUAUAAGGUUCCGUAUGACCUCGUUGGAAAAGUUUCACCGUAUCUUUCCGGAUCUUCUAUACUUGCGCACCUGGCAGGCUCUUUCGUAGUCGGACUGUUCUUAUGGCUGGCGGUCAUAUAUGUGAUUCGAUACACAUUAAAAGUAUUACUUAUUUACAAAGGAUGGAUGUACGAAUCAAGGGGCAAGGUUCAUAAGCCCUCAAAAUUGACGAGAAUUUGGCUCUUAUUGGUCAAGUUGUUCUCCGGUUGGCAUAAACCUAUGCUGUACAGCUUCCAAGGAUCACUGCCACGAUUACCACUGCCAACAGUACCCGACACUAUGCAGCGGUAUUUGAGAAGCGUGCGACCACUGUUGGAUGAUGAAAAUUACACUCGCAUGGAAAGAUUGGCUAACGAGUUCCAAAAUGGCAUCGGCGUCAAGUUGCAGCGUUACUUAGUUCUCAAGUCUUGGUGGUCCACUAACUAUGUGUCCGAUUGGUGGGAAGAAUACGUUUAUCUACGUGGAAGAUCACCUCUGAUGGUGAACUCGAACUUUUAUGGAAUCGAUGCCAUUCUCUCGCAUCCUACGAAUCUGCAAGCUGCACGAGCCGCAGCAGUUGUAUAUUCCUGUUUACAAUAUAGACGUCUUAUUGAACGUCAAGAAUUAGAACCGAUUCUGGUGCAAGGAUUAGUACCAUUAUGUUCUUGGCAAUAUGAAAGAGUGUUCAACACCACACGAAUUCCAGGAAUAGAAGUAGACAAGAUUGUGCAUUAUCAAGAUGCUAAACAUAUUGUAGUUUAUCAUAAGGGUAGAUAUUUUAAGGUGUUAAUUUAUUAUCGAAAUAGGAUUCUUCAAGCCUGUGAAAUAGAACUUCAGAUUCAACAAAUUUUAAACGAUGAUUCAACACCAUCGGAGGGAGAGGAGAAACUAGCUGCGUUAACGGCUGGUGAAAGAACUGCCUGGGCACAGGCUAGAGAAAAUUUCUUUGCAAAAGGUGUAAAUAAAGCUUCUUUGGAUAUUAUUGAGAAGGCUGCAUUCGUGGUCGCAUUAGACGAUGUACCUUACGAAUAUGAUCCAAGUCAUCCAGAGAAAUUGGAUCAUUAUGGUAGAAUUUUAUUACAUGGAAAAGGAUAUGAUCGAUGGUUUGAUAAAUCUUUUACACUGUGCAUUGGAUCCAAUGGUAGAAUUGGCUUUAACGCGGAACAUUCAUGGGCAGAUGCUGCAGUCAUGUCACACUUAUGGGAGUACGUGGUAUGUUCGGAGUUCCUGGAUAGAGAGGCUGAUGCACCGGUGAUGGGAACUCUAUGGGAAUUUAUUAUGGCUGCUGAUAAUGAAAUUGGAUACAAGGAUGGACAUAAUGUGGGCACUCCAGAGUUUACACCUCCAGCUCCAAUUCGAUUGCAAUGGGAUAUGAAUCCAAAAUGUAUUGAAGCUAUUGAGCAAUCCUAUCAGGUAUCACACAAUAUAUUGAACGAUGUUGAAUUGCGUAUUUAUGUGCACGAUGCUUAUGGUAAAGGCUUGAUGAAGGCCAAUUCCAUAUCACCAGAUGCCUAUAUACAAAUGGCACUUCAACUGGCAUAUUAUCGCGAUGCUGGAAAGUUCAGUUUAACUUAUGAAGCUUCCAUGACAAGAUUAUUCCGAGAAGGUAGAACAGAAACUGUUAGACCAUGCACUAUUGAAUCUGCUAAAUGGGUGAAAGCAAUGGAGAACAAAACAACAACGGUGGAUGAAAAAAUUAGAUUACUAAUGGAUGCAGUAACACAGCAUCAGAGAGGUUAUCAGAAUGCAAUGUGUGGUAAAGGAAUAGAUAGACAUUUAUUCUGUUUGUAUGUAGUAUCAAAGUACUUAGAAGUAGACUCACCAUUUCUGAAGGAAGUUUUAAGCGAACCAUGGAGACUAUCAACAUCACAAACUCCGCAUGGCCAAACUUCAAAACUGGAUUUGAAAAAAUAUCCUAAUUGCAUUUCAGCAGGUGGUGGAUUUGGCCCUGUGGCUGAUGAUGGUUAUGGUGUUUCUUACAUAAUUGCAGGAGAAGAUCUUCUAUUCUUCCAUGUUUCUAGUAAACGAUCUUCCUCAAAAACGGAUGCUGCAAGAUUUGCACAGCAGAUAGAGAAAGCACUUGAUGAUAUGAAAAAUUUACUAGAUCAGAAAAAGAAAGUACAUCAGAACGGGUCCGCAUAAUUUAUUCAUAAUUUGUAACAGUCUUGCAAAAGUGAUCGCAGAUGAAAAGGAAUCUGUAGCUCCAAAAUAAUUUUUCUGGCACAUGGAAAGAUUUAAUAAUGUUGACAUAAUUUAAUAUGAUAACCUUUUGAAGGCACUUUUUAUAAAUAAGCAAUUAUUUUGGAAAAAAAAUGUAUAAAAAGAAAAUCAUGGGCCCAAAAUUAAAGAUGCAGUAUAGACAAUUGCACAUAGAGAUACGUAGAAGAAUUUUAUAGAAUUAUUUUUAUGUUUGUCACAUGUAUUAAAUAAUCAUUUAUAAAUUGACAAUUUAUUCGCGAUUUGUUAAUGUUGCAUAGCAAAAAUGUACAAAAGUACAAGUAUAAAAUCUUCAUUUCUUGCUGUGCAAUAUUACAAACGUAAGCACUUUCAUAUUAAAUGACUACAGAAAUAUAAAAAUCAAUGUUUAAAAAUCAUAUACUUUAUAUUGAAACUGUUGAUAAAUUUUCACACUUGCGAAGUAAAAGAGUAUGUUAUCAAAAAUGCGUUUAAAAAUAAUAAUUGAAUUUGAAAUAUUUAUAUACAUCAAAUCUACUGUGAGUAUAAAUGCAAUUUAUAAACGUGUGUGUGUGCGUGUGCGCGCGUGCGUGUGUCUGUGUGUAUGUAUGUGUGAGUGUAAUAUACAUACAAUAAUAUCCUAUCAUAAAUUUUCCUAUCAAUUAAAGACGUCAAUGCAAUGCAAUUUACAUAUAAGAGAAGGAAAAAUUUUAUUCCAUAUAUAUAUAUAUAGUAGGAAAGUAGCAAAUAGUAGGAAAGUAUCAACUGCAUCUUAAUAUGGCAAGGUAUUUUGAUUUAUCAAUCUUAUCGGACUUCAAAAUCUGAUAUGAGAUACAGGUUCAACUAUGAAUAUUAUGUAAUUUGAUUUCUUUUUUGUAAGCGUUUCAAAUGAUGCCAUAUAUUGAUAUGUGCAACUUAUCAAUGCAAAAUGUUUUUACUUGUAAGUAAAUACUAAUUAUAAGUAAUUUUAUACUUAGAAAAAAGAUGUAUGAUUACAUUCUCUACACUAUAUACCUGUACACUAUAUACAUACUUUAUAUUUGUUAAAGCUAUAAGUUUAAAGAUAUAUUGGUGCUUGUUAUUACUUGGUGGUGUUACACAAUUAAUCUUUAUUGACCUUUAAACUAAAUAUGCAAAGGAUGCGUUCGCGGAGUGUACUAUUAUCCAGCGCAAAAACUAUUUGGGAUGUCAUUAUAGUGAAGUGUAUUACAUCAUAAUUUAGCGCUGUAAAUGCUAUUUUAUCCUAGAUGAUAGUGUUGACAUUUGUAAAUUGUGAAUGCUAAUUAACACUACUAUUGAUACUAAGUAUCAAGACUUAUUAAAAUAACAAUAUUAAUAUUAUUAUAAUUAUUUUAACAAAUCUUAAAACUUAUAGAAACAGACAGUAGCAUCAAUUAGUGUUUACAACUUUUCUAAUUUAAAUAAAUAUUAAUACUAUUAAUUAUACAUAUAUAUAUAUUUUUUUAUUUAAAUUAGAAGGCUUAAUACUGCGCUAAUAUUUACUGUUUUUGGAACUUCAAUCUCCAGCGUUUUAUUGACUCUCUGAAACAUCUCAUUUGCGUCCAUAACGUGACAAGCUCCCGAACACAUCCAAAAGAUAAUAUGAAAUGUGCAACAUAAUGAAAUAGAUAUACAUAUCUGUAUACUUUAUUUCAUAUUUGUAUAUUUAAUGAAAGUUUUGAUAAUGACUCUACAGAUUAAAGAGACGAAUUGUACACAA